UAAAAGCUCCUACACGUUGUCUUUUUCAUUGUACAGAUUUUUUUGUUAUUGUUAGUUCUACUUUCAAUCAAACCCAUGAUUUAGAGACGAAAAUUCCUCUCUUUUACACACACUCUCUCUCUCUCUCUCUCUCUUCAAAGCGUCUGCUUGCCGAAAUCUAUUCUCUGUUUGGAUGCUGAGAAAGCGAAGGAAAAAGAGGGAGAUAUUCAACUCUAGUUUCAUGUGAGAUCUAUUUGUGCAAAAAGAAGGAAUCUUGUUAUCUUUAUUUACACCCGGAUGUCUUCCUUCUGGAGCUGAGCAAAUGGGAGGUUGUGUUUCCACUAGUAGUAAGAGUACUUGUAGUAGCAAAAGCAAUGGAGAUACAUUUUCUCCGUCUUGCUGGGACAUUGGAUUUCUCGGGCAAAAGAGAACAAAGCGGACAUUCUCUGAUCAUGUCAUCGCCCUCCAGCAUUUGCCUUCCAUACCGAACAGGAUUUUCAUGAAUGGAAAGAGCCGAACGUCUUGCAUAUUCACACAGCAGGGUCGGAAGGGCAUUAACCAGGAUGCCAUGAUUGUUUGGGAAGAUUUCAUGUCGGAGGACGCAAUCUUCUGUGGCGUAUUCGACGGCCAUGGUCCACACGGCCACCUUGUUGCGCGCAGGGUGAAGGAUACCCUGCCGAUAAAGCUUAUGUCUUUCUUGCAUUCUCAGCAGUCAAGGGAAAAUGGUUCAAGCAAGACCUGCUUUAGAGGGAAUGUGAACAAAUUGGAUGGAGAUUCUGAGAAAGAUGGCUCAGCGGAGGAUAAACUAAAUUCAUCGUGGAGAGAAGCUUUCCUGAAGUCAUAUAAGGCCAUGGACAAGGAGCUGAGAUCCCAUCCAAAUUUGGAUUGCUUCUGCAGUGGAAGCACUGCUGUUACUAUAGUCAAACAGGGAUCAAAUCUUUUCAUGGGGUACAUAGGGGAUUCCCGAGCAAUCAUGGGAUCUAAGGAUAGCAGUGAUUCCAUGGUAGCCGUUCAGUUGACAGUUGAUUUGAAGCCGGAUCUGCCAAGGGAAGCCGAAAGGAUUAAACGCUGCAAGGGUCGGGUCUUUGCAUUGCAAGAUGAACCUGAAGUUCCUAGAGUCUGGUUGCCGUUCGAUGAUGCUCCCGGUUUAGCAAUGGCUCGGGCAUUUGGGGAUUUUUGUUUAAAGGAAUAUGGAGUUAUCUCAAUUCCAGAAUUCUCGCAUCGGAUACUUACCGAGAAAGAUCAGUUCAUCGUCCUUGCUUCAGAUGGGGUCUGGGAUGUCUUGAGCAAUGAAGAGGUGGUGGAGAUAGUAUCCUUGGCUCCAACCCGGUUUUCGGCUGCAAGGAUCUUGGUGGACUCAGCAGCUCGCGAAUGGAAACUCAAAUACCCAACUUCGAAAAUGGAUGACUGCACGGUUGUUUGCUUGUUUUUGGACGGGAAAAUGGACUCUGAAUCCGAUUAUGAAGAACAAUGCUUCUCUUCUGCAACCCUUCAGAGCAACCAUUCGGGCAAUGCAGUUGAAUCCGAUGAUGGCCAGAAGUCUGAGCCAUCUUUGCAGAGAAACUUCACCGUAAGAUCAUCGGAAGAAAUCGAAAAUUAUGGAAGACUGCCAUUUGAGCUUGAAGGGAACGGAGAAGCUGCGGCAGGUGAAGAUCAAAACUGGUCGGGCUUGGAAGGUGUCACAAGAGUCAACUCUCUUGUUCAGCUUCCAAGAUUUUCCGAGGAAAGGCCUGGUGCUUAAUUUUUUUUUUGUUUUUUUUGGUCACUCUGAUGUAAAAAUGAAAUGGGGUUUUGCUGUAAUUGUAAUAUGCGUUCCAUUUGAACCUCAUUCAAUCCAACAGGAAGAAAAUUUUUCCGACUGAUUGGAGAAAAGUCCAAGGUUUGUUCAGGUCCAUGGUUAACAAAUCAAUUUGUUCUAUUGCACAAAAAUGUAGUGUGAAUGGUCCAUGUCAGGAGAAGCAACUCACUGUAUUUCUGUGCAUAUGUUUCCACAUUGUACGUAGAUUCUUAAUCUUUGUUUCUAUUUAGCA